UAUUGGAGUAUUUUGACCACUAGUCGCUGUGGCGGCGUCUCUGUCUUAUUUAUGUCUUCAUACUGUCACAGAAAUCGAGUCUAAUUUUAUUAUUUUUGUGUUUUUAUAACCCCGUGGGAACGGGUAGCUGGUGACAAUGGGAGGAAAUGGAAGCACCGCGAGGAAUGUGUCAUUCGGACUGGACGAAAAGGAGAAGGUCACAGUUAUUGAAGGAGUGAAGCUUUCAGAGGAUGUCCUCCGGCGGAUGAGGGAAUCUCAGGGAUCGAAAAGCACGGAGACAUCGGCGCCUCCACAAAGUCAAAAACCUGCCGGACCACCAACAGCAGAAAUAAAGGAAGAAAUGCAUAAAAAGUUUGAGCGUCAGCAGGCUCUGGUUCAGGAGCAGCUGGUCAAACUGGCCCAGAGGGAGAGAGAGGCUGCAGCCAUCACAAACCCGAGUGAGCUGACCCCUGCCCUCAUCGUGGAGAAACAGAAGGUUCACGAAGAGCAGGACAAGGCCAAAUUACUGCCAGCAGAUUUGGAUGCAUGGGCCAAACAACUGGAUCGGAAAGAACAGGAGCUGGCCACCAUUUCCAGUUUUUACAAAGAGCAACUAGAUAUACUCGAGAAAAAGAGUUUGGACAACUACAAGCAAACGGUUGAAGAGUACAGCCAGGCAUCAGCUAAAACUGAAGCUUGUAUACGGGCCCGACCAACUACACCUGUGUGUGGUGAGCUCCAGGUUAAGGUGCUUCAAUGUUACAAAGAAAACCCUCAGCAGACCCUGCACUGUUCCAGCCUGGCCAGACAGUACAUGACCUGUGUUCAGCUAGCAAAGAAGAGCCCUUUGACGAAUCACGGCUGAGACGUGCAAAGAAAAAAGCACGAGCGAGUGGAGAAGAAGUGAAGAAAAUGAAAACGCAUCAAAUCCGUCCAUGUUUUUUCCUCCAUAUCGCCUCUCUGUCCAGCCAUUCGUUGGGGCCACCAUGAUGGAUCAACUCUUACCUUUU